GACUUUGGCCACAGUAAUACCCCUGCAGCCGAAGGUGUUAGACAGCAGAUGGUCCUGAACUACCACAAAUAUGGAUGUCAAGGAGCAUAAACUCAGCCUGAAACGGGAAGUGGGGCUGAUGGGAGCAGUGUCUCUCAUAGGAGGGACGAUGAUUGGAUCCGGGAUCUUCAUGUCCCCCCAGACGGUGCUAAGUAGUAUCGGCAGCCCUGGUGCCAGUUUGUUGGUGUGGGCAUGUUGCGGAUUACUGGUCAUAACGGUGUCUUUCUGUUAUGCUGAGCUGGGCACUGUCAUAGAAGAAUCAGGAGGAGAAUACAUCUACAUCCUCAGGACUUCAGGUCCUGUCAUUGCUUUCAUGCUUGUUUUCAGCUCUGUAAUAUUUGUCAGACCUGCUGGUAUUGUUGGCAUUUCACUGAGUUUUGCUCGGUAUGUGCUGGCACCCUUUUAUCCUGAAUGCCCCCCUCCAGUUUUGCUGUUGAAAUGUGUGGCUGCAGCUGCUAUUUUAACUUUAGCUCUUGUUAACAGCAUGAAUGUUCGCUUUUCCAUGUCAGUGCAAGUGUUUUUCACGCUGGCUAAAGUUCUAGCUUUGGCAGUUAUCAUAAUUGGAGGGUUGGUGAUGUUGGUCAGAGGACACAAUUACAACUUUAAAGACACCUUUGAAAACACAAACUUGGGGAUUAAUUCCAUCGGAAUUGCAUUAUACCAAGGACUGUGGUCUUAUGAUGGAUGGAACAAUCUAAAUUAUGUUACUGAGGAGCUGAAACGUCCUGAGGUGAAUCUUCCCAGAGCGCUGCUGAUAGCGAUUUCUUCGGUAACUGCUUUAUACCUGAUGGUGAAUGUGAGCUACCUGGCAGUUAUAACUCCAAAAGAGCUCAUGACCUCCACUGCUGUAGCUGUAACCUGGGGGAAUAAGGUGUUAGGCAGUUGGGGUUGGAUUAUGUCCGUGGCUGCGGCUUUAUCUGCUUUUGGUUCUUUAAAUGGGACCUUCUUCAGUGGAGGUCGUGUUUGCUUUGUAGCUGCCAGGGAAGGGCACAUGCCGGAAAUUCUGUCCAUGGCUCAUGUCAACCGACUAACUCCAUCUCCAGCGCUGAUCUUAACCACUGUAAUUUCUCUAGUGGUCCUAAUCCCUGGAGACUUUCAGAGUAUUGUGAACUACUUCAGUUUCACAGCCUGGUUUUUCUACGGCAUCACUUUGGGAGGGCUAAUUUACCUGAAAAUCAAAAUGAAAAAUAUCCCUCGACCAUUCAGCGUUCCAAUAAUGAUCCCGAUACUGGUCCUCCUUGUGGCAAUUUUUCUGGUUUUGGCUCCCAUUUUAGACAAUCCUCAGAUUGAAUACCUUUAUGUAGCUUUGUUUAUAUCAAGCGGUGCUAUAAUCUACAUACCUUUGAUCCAUUUCAAGCUGCUCCCUGGUCCGCUCAGAAAGAUGACUCUGUUUCUGCAGCUGUUUUUGGAGGUCGCUCCUGCAGACAAAAACCCGUGAUUGUGACUUAACCUUUAACCAGUUUGUUGGUUACUAAUUUUUCAGUAAAAAACAAACAAACAAAUAGCACCAACAUAGUUUGAGAUAGGCUGGGUCUGUUAUUUAACAUGUUCUUAGAAUUGUGCAGUGUUAAUCUUUUGUCUUAAUUUCUUAGCAAAUGUACAUUUUGCACAAAGAAACUUAAAAAAAAAGUUUUAAUUGAAACGGUCUAACAAAUUUCAAAUUUGUUCUCAAAACAGUUAGCUAAGCAGUUAGCCAAUGUCUUCUAAAUUUUCAAGUGGUCAGAGUGUAAACUCUUUAUCAUCAUCAUCAUCGUCAUCAUCAUCAUCAUCAUCAUCAUCAUCAUCAUCAUCAUCAUCAUCAUCAUCAUCACCAUCAUCAUUAUCACCAUCCUAUUUAUAAAAUGGUUUAACAAAAUUAAAAUAUGAACAAGAUGCUGUACAUCAAAAAUUUAACGUCAUAAAACUGUGAAGUUUAAUUAACAGUUAGUUCAGAAGCACAACAUUACUGCCCACUUCAAAAUACUGCAGUUUGGUUUGUUCUGUUUUGAAGUUAUAUUUUUUGGUAAAUUUGAAGGCAGUUAUUUGUGAAAAAAGUUUUUGAAAUAU